UUUUAUUGCGCUGGUGCCGGUGUGGCGGUGUGGGUUAGGGCAAAGCGAGGCAGGGGUUACGCGGCCUUAACUGUUAACUGUAGCCUCCUAGUCAGCGGAUUACCUGAGCGUGCCCCUGACGCCAAUGGCGCUCCUCGCAAUCCCUGCGAGGCGGAGUCUCCCCUGCGGCCACUUACUCCUUGUUGCUACCUGGGCGGUGGUUGUCCUAUGUGUCGCAACUGAAAAGGCCUCGCCUUCCUGCCGUUUCUCUUCUCCGGCCUUUUCCGACGAUCAGCACCAUCAUGCUCAUCAUGAUCAUGAUCAUCAUCAUCAUCAUCCACACGAACAUGAUCAUGAUCACGAUCACGAUCAUGGAGAGAUUCAAAGUCGGAAGCUUCCGGAGGAAUUGGCGGAGGAGGAAGAUCUGGCUCGGGAGGGAUUUGGCUUCAACCACCACCACCACCACCACCGCAAUCACCACCACUACCAUCGCCAUUUCCACUCCAAUGACGGUUCUGAACAUGAGAUAUCUCGUUUAGGUAUUUGGGUACGAGCCAUGGGAUGCUCACUGCUUGUGAGCAUGGCGUCACUGAUCUGCCUUAUCAUAUUGCCUCUGAUAUUCUUUCAGGGGAAACCUUCCAGGGCGGUGGUAGAUUGCUUGGCUGUAUUUGGGGCCGGAGCUAUGCUUGGUGAUGCUUUUCUUCAUCAAUUACCGCAUGCCUUUGGUGGCAAACAUUCUCACUCGCAUGAUAACCAUAUAGACAGUUUUGGCGAGGCGGAUCAUGAGCAUGGACAUUCACAUGCUCAUUCACUUGAAGAUCUUUCAGUUGGGUUGUCAAUGCUGUUGGGAAUUGUUCUUUUCUUCCUUGUUGAGAAGAUUGUAAGAUAUGUUGAAGAUCAUUCUCCCAAUGGAGCUAACAACCUCAUGCAUGGUCAUAAUCAUCAUCAUCAUAAGCAACAACAGAAACUAAAACAUGAUGGAGAGGUUACUAGUCAGCAGCUGUCUGAUUCAAAGAAUCGUGAAACAGUGGAUAUGAUUUCAGAAACGGAAUUGAAUGGUCAAUCUGAUGCAAGGCUAAAAAAUGACAAGAAUGAUAAAUGGGAAAAUCUUCGCAAGAGAACAACUUUUGAUGGUGUUGCGAGUGAGGAUGAAAAAGAUGUUGACAGUAGAAAUGUUCAAGGCAUCCAGAAGCAGCCAUCUUUGAAUGAGAUUGUUCCUGUUCAUACAUCAUCGAACUUGGUGUUUGGUUACCUCAAUCUCUUCUCUGAUGGAGUUCAUAAUUUUACGGAUGGAAUGGCCUUAGGAAGUGCAUUUUUACUACAUGGAACAGUUGGAGGGUGGUCUCGGACAUUGUUUUUGCUUGCACAUGAGCUUCCCCAAGAGGUAGGUGAUUUUGGGAUUUUGGUUCGCUCAGGAUUUUCGAUCUCCAAGGCCCUUUUCUUUAAUUUUUUGUCAGCAUUAGUUGCCCUGGCUGGAACUGCUUUGGCUUUGGUGCUUGGCAAAGACCCUGGACAGUCUUCUUUGAUAGAGGGAUUCACUGCGGGGGGGUUCAUCUAUAUAGCGGUUGCAGGAGUCCUCCCAGAAAUGCAUGAUGGGAAAACAACAAUUAGAAGCACAGGUAUUCAGUUGACCUCUCUAUUAGCUGGAAUGGCUGUUGCUCUCUGUAUCUCUCUUGUAGAAUGAUCUUUUUGCAUAUAUAUGGUUGCUAAACCCUUGAAUUCAGGGAGGGUUUUGUGAUUGUCAUCUUGUUACAUUUAAUUAUUUUUGGUCGCUGUCGAAUUGUCAAUUUAAAUUGUUGGCUUUCUUAGCACAGCUGAUUGAAGGAUACGUUAGUGGCAAUCGAGCUUUUUAAAAGAGAGAAAAUGUGAUUGCAUUGAUAUUUUGUAAAAGAUGCAGUAAAAUGUAUGUUAUGUUUCUUCUAAACAUGACGUUUAAUUGUUUGAA